AUGUAUAUAGUAACAGUAAUCAUAAGGUUUGUGAUAAGUAUGUUGAAGACUGUAUUAACCAAAGUUACUGGUUUUGAAUCUACAAAAAUGGUAAUAAUAAUUCGUACGGAUCUUAAGAUGGGCAGAGGUAAAAUAGCAUCCCAAGCAGCUCACGCAGCAGUAUUGCUUUAUCAAUCUUCCAUAGAAACAUCAAACCCGCAUUUAAAAUGGUGGUUACAUACAGGGCAGCCAAAAAUAGUCUUAAAAAUAGACACAAACUGUGAUGAAGCUUUAACCAAUAUUUAUCAAAAAGCGAAAGACUUAAAUCUCAACACUUGUAUGGUUAAAGAUGCAGGAAGAACACAAAUAGAUACAGGAACUUUAACUGCAGUAGGAAUAGGGCCCAAUAGAAAGGAAGAUGUAGAAAAACUAACUAGUAAUUUCAAAUUAUUAUAA